GGGAGUCCGUUGAGGUACCCUGUUGAGGUACCCUGGGCCUCGCGCUGGCUAGGAUGUCUGGCUCCAGGCACACGCCCUGGCGGCGGCUGCAGGGCGUUUCCUUCGGGAUGUAUUCGGCCGAGGAGCUCAGGAAAUUAAGCGUUAAAUCUAUCACAAACCCUCGGUACCUGGACAGCUUGGGGAACCCAUCAGCAAACGGCCUAUAUGACUUAGCUUUGGGCCCUGCGGAUUCUAAAGAGGUGUGCUCCACCUGUGUGCAAGAUUUCAACAACUGCUCCGGACACCUAGGCCACAUUGAACUGCCACUCACAGUGUACAACCCGCUCCUCUUUGAUAAACUCUACCUGCUCCUCCGAGGCUCCUGUUUAAACUGCCACAUGCUGACUUGUCCCCGGGCUGUGGUUCACCUCUUGGUCUGCCAGCUGAGAGUUCUGGAAGUUGGGGCCCUACAAGCAGUCUAUGAGCUGGAGCGAAUUCUGAGCAGGUUUCUGGAAGAAAAUGCUGAUCCUUCUGCCUUUGAAAUUCAGGAAGAGUUAGAACAGUACACAACCAAGGUUCUGCAGAACAACCUCCUGGGGACUCAGGGCGCACACGUGAAAAAUGUGUGUGAGAGCAGAAGCAAACUCAUUGCUUACUUCUGGAAGGCACACAUGUCUGCUAAGCGAUGUCCCCACUGCAAGACUGGGCGGUCAGUUGUUCGAAAGGAGCACAACAGCAAGCUGACAAUCACAUAUCCAGCUGUGGUGCACAGGAAGUCUGGCCAGACGGAUGCCGAGCCCCUGGGAAUUGAGGAAGCUCAGAUGGGAAAACGAGGGUACUUGACGCCCAGCAGUGCCCGGGAACAUCUUUUCUCCAUUUGGAAGAAUGAAGGGUUCUUUCUGAAUUACCUUUUCUCGGGACUGGUCGAUGUUGGCAUGGAAUCCAGAUUCAAUCCGAGUAUGUUCUUUUUAGAUUUCGUGGUGGUGCCUCCCUCCAGGUAUCGCCCUGUCAAUCGCCUGGGGGACCAGAUGUUUACCAAUGGCCAGACGGUGAACUUGCAGGCUGUCAUGAAGGAUGUCGUUCUGAUCCGGAAACUUCUGGCACUGAUGGCGCAAGAACAGCAGCUGCCCUGUGGGGUGGCAGCGCUCAGCACAGAUGAGGAAAAAGACUCUUUGGUGGCUAUGGACCGGUCCUUUUUAAGUACACUUCCAGGCCAGACUCUCACAGACAAGCUGUACAACAUUUGGAUUCGCCUUCAGAGCCACGUCAACAUUGUGUUUGACAGUGAGAUGGACAAACUCAUGAUGGAAAAGUACCCUGGCAUCAGACAGAUCUUGGAGAAGAAAGAAGGCCUGUUCCGAAAGCACAUGAUGGGCAAGCGGGUAGACUACGCGGCCCGCUCUGUCAUCUGCCCAGACAUGUACAUCAACACCAACGAGAUCGGGAUUCCCAUGGUGUUUGCCACAAAACUGACCUACCCUCAGCCAGUGACCCCCUGGAAUGUCCAGGAACUGAGACAGGCAGUCAUCAAUGGUCCCAAUGUGCACCCGGGAGCCUCCAUGGUCAUCAAUGAGGAUGGCAGUCGCACAGCCCUGAGCGCCGUGGACAUAACCCAGCGUGAAGCCGUGGCCAAACAGCUCCUGACACCAGCCACAGGGGCACCUAAGCCCCAGGGGACAAAAAUUGUGUGCCGGCAUGUGAAGAAUGGGGACAUCCUCCUGCUGAACCGACAGCCCACCCUGCACAGGCCCUCCAUCCAGGCCCACCACGCCCGUGUCCUGCCGGGGGAGAAGGUCCUGCGGCUGCACUACGCCAACUGCAAGGCCUACAACGCUGACUUCGAUGGCGAUGAGAUGAACGCCCACUUCCCCCAGAGCGAGCUGGGCCGGGCCGAGGCCCGCGUGCUGGCCUGCACUGACCAGCAGUACCUCGUUCCCAAGGAUGGACAGCCAUUGGCAGGGCUGAUCCAGGAUCACAUGGUUUCAGGUGCAAACAUGACCACUCGAGGUUGCUUUUUCACCCGGGAACAGUACGUGGAGUUGCUGUACCGAGGACUCACAGACAAAGCGGGGCGCGUGAAGCUUCUUCCUCCUGCCAUCCUGAAGCCCUUUCCACUGUGGACCGGGAAGCAGGUCGUGUCAACACUGCUCAUAAACAUAAUCCCCGAGGACUACGUCCCACUGAACUUGUCCGGAAAGGCAAAAAUCAGCGGGAAGGCCUGGGUGAAGGAGACUCCUCGGCCUGUUCCUGGCUUUAACCCUGACUUCAUGUGCGAGUCCCAGGUGCUAAUCCGCGACGGGGAGCUGCUCUGCGGAGUGCUGGACAAGGCGCACUAUGGGAGCUCCGCCUAUGGCCUGGUGCACUGCUGCCACGAGGUCUACGGGGGCGAGACCAGCGGCAGGGUCCUCACCUGCCUGGCCCGGCUCUUCACCGCCUACCUGCAGCUCUACCGAGGCUUCACCCUGGGUGUGGAAGACAUUUUGGUUAGGCCAAAGGCAGAUGUGAAGAGACGUAGGAUCAUUGAGGAAUCCACCCACUGUGGGCCCCAGGCUGUCCGGGCUGCACUAAACCUGCCAGAAGCCGCAUCAUGUGAUGAGGUCCGAGGGAAGUGGGAGGAUGCCCAUCUGGGCAAGGACCAGAGGGAUUUUAACAUGAUCGAUCUGAAGUUCAAGGAGGAGGUGAACCGCUACAGCAAUGAGAUUAACAAGGCGUGUAUGCCUCUUGGUCUGCACAGGCAGUUCCCAGAGAACAACCUGCAGAUGAUGGUGCAGUCGGGGGCCAAAGGGUCAACCGUGAACACGAUGCAGAUCUCAUGCCUGCUGGGACAGAUCGAGCUAGAGGGGCGGAGGCCCCCAUUGAUGGCGUCUGGCAAGUCGCUGCCCUGCUUCGAGCCCUACAGGUUCACCCCCAGGGCUGGCGGCUUCGUCACUGGGAGGUUCCUCACCGGCAUUCAGCCCUCCGAGUUCUUCUUCCACUGCAUGGCGGGGCGUGAGGGCCUGGUGGACACAGCAGUCAAGACCAGCCGUUCCGGCUAUCUGCAGAGGUGCAUCAUCAAACACUUGGAGGGGCUGGUGGUCCAGUACGAUCUGACGGUCCGGGACAGCGACGGCAGCGUGGUGCAGUUCCUGUAUGGGGAGGACGGUCUGGACAUCCCCAAGACGCAGUUCCUGCAGCCCAAGCAGUUCCCCUUCCUGGCCAGCAACUACGAGGUGAUAAUGAGAUCCAAGCACCUCCAUGAAGUCUUAUCCAGAGCAGAUCCCAAAAAGGCCCUCCGCCACUUCAGAGCUAUCAAAAAAUGGCACAGCAGGCGUUCCAGCGGGCCGCUGAGAAGGGGAGCCUUCCUAAGUUAUUCCCAGAAGGUCCAGGACACUGUGAGGGCGCUGAACCUGAAAGGCGAGAACAGGAAUGGUCGCAGCCCAGAGGCCCAGCAGGUGUUGCAGAUGUGGUACGAAUUAGAUGAGAAGAGCCGGCAGAAGUACCAGAGGAAGGCGGCCCCUUGUCCUGACCCCAGUCUGUCUGUCUGGCGCCCAGAUAUCUACUUGGCGUCUGUGUCAGAACAUUUUGAAAAAAAGAUUGAUGACUACAGUCAAGAAUGGGCACUUGAAGCAGAAAAGAGUUACAAGAAAUCGGAGCUUUCUCUGGACAGGUUGAGGACCCUGCUGCAUCUCAAAUGGCAGCGCUCGCUCUGCGACCCGGGUGAGGCUGUGGGCCUGCUGGCCGCCCAGAGCAUCGGGGAGCCGUCCACGCAGAUGACCCUGAACACCUUCCACUUUGCAGGCAGAGGCGAGAUGAACGUCACCCUGGGUAUCCCAAGGUUGAGGGAGAUUCUCAUGGUGGCCAGCGCCAACAUCAAGACACCCAUGAUGAGUGUGCCCGUGUUAAACACCAAGAAAGCCCUAAGGAGAGUGAGGAGCCUGAAGAAGCAGCUCACCAGGGUGUGCUUAGAGGAGGUGUUGCAGAAAGUUGACGUCCAGGAGUCCUUCUGUAUGGGAGAAAAACGGAACAAAUUCCGGGUGUACCAGCUGCGGUUCCAGUUCCUGCCACACGAGUACUACAAGCAGGAGAAGUGCCUAAGGCCCGAGGACAUCCUGCACUUCAUGGAAACAAGGUUCUUCAGGCUCCUGAUGGAGUCCGUCAGAAAGAAGCACAGUAAGGACUCCAGCUUCAGAAGCGUGAACACUCGGAGAGCCACACAGCAGGACCUGGAAGGCGCAGGGGAGUCGGAGACGAGGCGGGGUGAGCAGGAAGGGGAGGAGGAGGAGGAAGGGGACAUCGUGAACGCUGACGCCGAGGAGGGGGAUGCUGACGCCUCCGAUGCCAAGCGCAAGCAGAAGCAGGAGGAGGAGGUGGAUUAUGAGAGCGAGGAGGAGGAGGAGAAGGAAGAGGAGGAGGAGGACGCACAGGAGGAAGGGGACGCCGACGGUGAAGGUGGCCCCCAGGCCCGUGAGCCAGAUGAGACCACAGGCUCGGGCCCCAAUGAGGACACGCCCCCGAGCCCUCCCCUCUGCCCAGGGCCCCAGGGAACCGAGGCGGUGGAGCGUCGAGUGCAGGCUGUGCGGGAGGCCCACUCUUUCGUAGAGGACUACCAGUAUGACACCGCGGAGAGCCUGUGGUGCCAGGUGACCAUGAAGCUGCCUCUGGUGAAGGCCAACUUUGACAUGGGCUCGCUGCUUGCGUCCCUGGCCCGCAGCACCGUGGUCUACUCCACCAGGGGCAUCACCCGGUGCCUCCUGAGUGAAACGACCUCCAGUAGGAACGGGAAGGAGCUCAUGCUGAGCACGGAGGGAAUCAACCUCCCAGAGCUGUUCAAGUAUGCUGAGGUGCUGGACCUGCGCCGCCUCUACUCCAACGACAUCCACGCCAUGGCCAGCGCGUAUGGCAUCGAGGCCGCCCUGCGGGUGAUUGAGAAGGAGAUCAAGGACGUAUUUGCCGUGUAUGGCAUUGCCGUCGAUCCUCGCCAUCUCUCCCUGGUUGCUGAUUACAUGUGCUUCGAGGGGGUCUACAAGCCCCUGAAUCGCUUUGGCAUCCAGUCGAACUCCUCCCCUCUCCAGCAGAUGACAUUUGAGACCAGUUUCCAGUUUCUGAAGCAGGCCACCAUGAUGGGGUCCCAUGACGAGCUGAGGUCCCCUUCAGCCUGCCUCGUGGUCGGGAAGGUCGUCAAGGGUGGAACAGGCCUGUUUGAGCUCAAGCAGCCCCUGAGGUAGCAAUGGUCACUGCUGCACAGCUGCCCACCAGGAGGCUUCAUGGGCAUGGCUUGGCCCUCACCCUAGAGCACCAGAAGCUCCAGCUCCAGGGCAGAGAAAGCAGCUUGCCAUGGGCUGGGCACCAGCAGCACGCAUCCUUAUCUACCCAUCUCGGGGUUUCUAACGAGGUUCCUGAUGUCUCCUGUGUCCCCAUGGGGCCAGGGCUUCCCUCUUCUUGCGGGAGACCUGGCAGCAGAAUCCCAGACAAGCCCAGUUACUCCCUGGAAAGGGUUUUCCAGAAUAGGAAAGAUGACCUUGCUGCGAGUGGUCAGUCACUGCAGGCAAGAUUUCUGGGGUCUCCUGAGCAGCAGGAACAUGGACACUGCUGCCCCAGGACUCCAGGCUGAGAGCAGCGUGGCACCUUGUGCCUGGGGUGGGGCCCUGGCCCUGCUGCUGUGCCCAGACCAGACUGGCCCCACGGCUGGGAGCACCUCUCCAGGGCCCAGCAGCUCACUCCCACCAAGCCCAAGUUCCCCACUGGGGCUGGGCUCUGCCAGCUGUGUCCCCAGCACCACAGCAGGCACCCUUCUCAGACCAGAGCCACUGAGAGGACCAGUGCAGGCGCUUGGUUGCACCAGAGGCAGUUUCUGCUUUUGUCUGGUGUUGUUCCAGCUCAGGCUUGAUAAUAAACAUCGCAGACUAGCUGUCGGGAGGAAGGAAAAACAUUGUUUCUAGAAUUUUUUCCCCUGUUUAUGGUUUCUGCGUUUGAAAUUGAGAAGUCUGAAGCUGGAAUUUCUUGGCAGUUGGGCCUCAGGGCCUUCCUCCUGCUUUGGUUUGGGAAUGUGUUGGGAGAUCUAGCCCACUGCCUCUCCCGCCUGCCCCUACAGUGCCCCUUGCAGACCAGUGCCGGACAGCGUGUGGGAGGACCUAGGCCAGCCUAGGUGUGGAAGUAUGUUAGGCUGUGGUCAGGGGUUCAAGGUGGGCCUUGCCAGGGAGAGGGGGCAUCGACCUGUGGUGGGACCCAGCCGUGCCGCCUCUGCCCACAUAGGCAAAACUAGUGGAAACCAGGACCUCAUGGUGGGAUUUUCCAGACUCAGCAAGGCUUGGGCACAGGAGUGGGGGCCUGUCCUGAAGAGGGACAGCCUGCUAGGUGGAGACCUCCAGGUGAUCUUACAGCUGAGUGUUGCCAGGUGUCAGCCCACCCAGGCCCUGGGCAUGAGGUGCAGGAGCAGGCUGAGGUUCAGCACACCCCACUCUGCUGAGGUCCUGGUUCCUAGGGAACCACCUGUAUCCAUCAGCGCUUGUUCUGUGGGUGAUGCCGGGCAGCAUGAGGGGCCGUCUUGGGGUGCACUCGCCCUGCAGAUGGGGCCGUCCUGGGGUGCACUUGCCCUGCGGGUGGUGCUGGUCGGCAGCAGGGGCCAUCCUGGCCUGUGGGUGGUGCUGGUCAGAGGCAGGGAUCGUCCUGGCCCUGGAGGUGGUACUGGUCAGAGGCAAGGACCAUCGUGGCCUGUGGGUGAUGCUGGUCAGCAGCAGGGGCCAUCCUGGGCCUGGGGGUGCUUCGCCAAGACCAAGGAAGAGGAUCAGGCUGUAGAGUCGUUCUAACCAAAACGGGAGACUGUAGGGAGUCCACGAAUGGGGCCAGCCAGCCACAGUUCCUGGCACCCUCUGGCCCUGCCUCGAGCAUGGCCAUGUUUAUACCUACUUUCUCUCAGAGUAGUUCAUUUUCACUUACUCUCUCCUUUCUGGGUUCUCGGAGAGAGUGACAAAAUAGUCUCAGCAGCCCUGCAGCUGUGCCCAUGACCUUCCAUCCUCAGUCAUGUGAGACUUAACAGGAAUGCAUGAGGCACCUUCCCAGUCCCCGUCCCAAACUGGAAACGUUCCUUCUCCUGGGUCCAUUCUGUGUUGCGGGACAGGACCCCCCAGGCGGGCACUCUCAGCCAAGGGUGAUCUGCCCACAGUUCUGCAGGUGCUGGACCAGAGCAGGCUAUUGAGCAGCCUGCCGUGGACAUGGUGGUUGGUAUCUUUAGGGACUCUUCUCCCUAUCCUAUGCACCCAGAAGUAGAUGCUGGUAUGAGACCUUCCCACAGCAGCCACUCCACUCUUCCCUCCAGCGUGCGUGGGACUCGUCCUCUGGCCCUGUCUUGUUGGGCCUGUUUUCAGUAGCCAUUCUAGUGGGUGUGAGGAGGUUUCUCCUCUGUGGCUGAUCCGGGCUGUUUCAAUGAAGGGUCGGGACCUUCCAUGGACCUUCACCCACAGACCACCUGAGCUUAGGAACCCACGUAGGAAGCCUCAGACUUCAGUUUUUGAGCUUAGAGUUGAGCAGAGCCUUGUCUGUUGGAGUCUAUAAAGUCCUCUUGAGGUAGGAGAGGCCUCUCCUUGAGGGCUGGUUAGAGAGUGUCCUGGCCCUGGGGUAGUAGCUUAGGCAGCAGAGCUGCUGACCCCCCACGGCUGCCUCUAGCCUGCCACCAGAAUAGGCAGGGCCAAAGCUGCCAAGGUUCCCAGGCCACCCACCCCCCUCCCUUGGUGUCCAGUCCCACUUAGAUUAGAGGGGCCUUUAAGACUGUUCCAGGCCCACACCCAGAAGUCCUGAUGUCAUCGGCCUGGCUGGGCCUAGGAACCCACAGUCCCAGGGUGGUCCUAUGUGCAAUUGAUUAGCCCUGGACUUGAGGCCUAACUGGAAAUGGCAGCCUCAUCACCUUUCAGUGUGGUAGUCUCUCCUAAGUGAUGGUCCCUACCUACACAGCGUGGACUGUGGGCACUGGGCAGGGGUUGGCAAAGCUCUACACAGGUACCCUGUGGGUGCCCUGCUAAGGGACUCCCGGGAGGCCCGUCAGGGGCCCCUGGCAGGAUGGACAGGUGCAGAGCUCUGGCAGCAAGGAGCCAGUGGCUGCCUCCCAGCCCUGGGUCAGGAGUUGGGCUUAGAAGUCUCCAGGGACCCAGGGGGACACCUAGCCACAGCAGCAGCGUGAGAAGUUUGCACCUCGGGAACGGAACCUUCACCAGUGGGAAUCAGGCCCAGUCUCUAGGCAGCACCUUUGUCCUCAGGCUCUGGUUGUGAGGGAGCCAGACCUACUAGGACCCACAGUGCCCCAAGGCAAGGCCUGGAGGACAGGCUGCUGAGGUGACUGUCCUCGGGCAAGUGUAGGAACAGCUGGUUGUGUGUUCAUUGGCAGUUCACCAUUUGUUCCCACCCAGAGAUUGCAGGCAUUCCUCUGCACCAGACGUUGCCCCAGCCCACAUCCAUCCACCUUGGUGUUCCCUGGGCAGAUAUGAGACCCUGCCCUCCUGCAGCUUGGGGCUCAGGGUUCCAAACAGCCAAGAGGAAAGGGGCCUUGUGGUGUCGGGCCAGAUGUUGAGGUGUACAGCAGGCGUCGGGUGACAGGCACUCCAUACGACCAGGUGUAGGGUAGAUGAGCACAUUGUCCCCUCUGCAUCCGUGUGCCCAGCCCACCCUCAAGACAGUGGAGCUGUGAGGCUGUGCUGUAACAGGUCAGUGGGCUGAGCCACAGGUGCUAGACUUCCCGUGUGACCCACUGAAAGUGACCUGGCCUCUGCACCUCUGUUCCCUGAUGUGGAAUGGCAAUUAAACAGUCUUCGUGAGGCUGUAUGCAGCCCAAUGUUGGCCUAAUUCCAAGUGGCUCUCAAUUGGGGCUGUCCUGGCCCCAGAGGAUGUUGGCAGUGACUGCUGACAUUUUGACCAUCACAGCUGGAGGGAGGUGCCGUGGGCCUCUGGUGAGUUGCGGCGGAUGCCGCUGAGCCUACGGUGCCCAGGCAGUGUACACAGCAGUCAUCCAGCCCCGGUGACAGAGGUGUAGAGGAGACCCCUGCCCUGUGCACAUGGACAAGUAGUCUCUUGUGCCCGUUGGACUGGGUGCUGCUACAGCUUGCGGUCCUGUGAAGGAGCCCAGCGCCUCUUCAUGCUGUCGGUGGUUCUGAUUUGUACUGCUGAGAACUGCCUGUUUACAUCCUCUGCCCAUUUCUCCGCCAAAGUGUUCCUGUUGCUCUUACUGUCAAUUUUAAGGACCUGUUAUUUUGGUAGAUAAAGCCAUCUCUGUUAAUCUGUAUUACAAACGUUUCUCUCAAACCAUGA